CACACACGCACACUUUCACGAUGAAACAAUCACAAACACUGCAGCUUUCAGUAAAUAAAUAACAAAUAAACAAGUAAAAUGUAUAGAUAGGUAAAAAGUGAACAUAAAAACUGUAAUAUAUAGGAGCGCGAACUUAAAUUAAACCAAUUCCAUUUGAAAUGGAGUGGGUAAGGCCAAUUGUUAAGUGUUUGGUAAAAGGUUGCUCCAGCCAUGAGCAAACGUUUUUUGUCCACAAAGGAAAUCGCCAGCAGUGGUACGCGAAUCUUGGAAUAAGUGGAGCACCAACCCGCGCCAAGGUGUGCAUGAAACACUUCCUCGCUGAAUGCUUUGUGAAUGGAAGGCUACGAAUAGGAAGUCUUCCCACUGAAAAUUUGGGGCAUGAACCAUUGCACAGACCUGUGUUCAGUAGAUGGCAAAAGCGAUAUCGACGUCGCGUAAAACCCGAACAAAAAACUGAACGUGAUAAUGGAGAAAAAAAUGCAGAGGAGGAACCCUUGUGCAAAAGCCGAAGCGUUGAAAGUCCGCUGUCCGCUGAGAGCUUGGCACUAUUGGAACAAGCCGCAGAUGCUGAAUUCGAAAAGUAUAUCGUUGAGGACGAAAUGUCCGAAAGCGGGGAGCCAGCCACACAUUCCGAAAGUCCGGAAAAUGAUGAGUGCAUCAUUGAAGACCAAUUGUCCGAUGGCAGCAUGGAAGCUGCUUCCCAGUCUCAAUCCGAGUCAUCGUUAGUUUUGUAUUUGCAACAAAGAAACAAUGAGCUGCAAGCCGAGGCUGAAUGCCUGCGCGUAGAAAAUAAUCAGCUUAGAAUGGAGAACAUAUCCUUAAAGAAAAGCUUUGAGAUCCAUAAAUGUUUCUUCGAGUGAAAGAACUAGUUAGGAACAUGCCAACACCUCAUAAAAUGAAAAGUUUGUCAUAUAAUCAAAUCGCUUGUUCGUCGACAUGAACAUUUUCAUUACACUACAUAAUUCGUUUAAGAUAAUUAUAGUGUGUUAUAGAAUUAAUGUGUAUAUAUAACAAAUAUAUUUCUAUGCAGACGUACAA